AUGGUAGUUGCAACAGAUUAUUUCACAAAGUGGAUGGAGGCCAUUCCAUUAAAGACUUAUAAGCAACCAACAGUCAUUAAUUUCAUCAAGAAUCACAUUAUACACAGAUUCAGAAUUCCAAAGACUCUCACCACAGAUAGAAGCCUUUCUUUCAUUGGAAGUGAGGUUAUUGACUAUUGUGCUGAAUGUGGCGUUCAAGUAAUCAGUUCUACUCCAUAUUUUGCCCAAGCAAAUGGAAAGGCAGAAGCUUCCAACAAAGUGAUUCUUAACAUCCUUGAAAAUAUUAUUGAGAAUCAUCCAAGGGAGUGGCAUCACCUACUUUCUGAGGCCCUUUGGGCUUACAUGAAUUCAAAAAGGUCAAGUACAAGUGUCACACCAUCUAUGCUUACAUAUGGACAUGAUGCCGUUCUUCUAAUGGAAAUGACCAUUAGGUCUGCAAGGGUGGCUUUCCAAAAUAAGCUAACUCUAGCAGAGUACAACCAGGCCAUGUUGGUGGAAUUGGAAGACCUUGAUGAAGUCUGUCUUAAUGCCUUAGACCAUAUUAUUACUCAAAAGAAGAAAGUCAUGCGGGCAUAUAAUAAGAACGUUAAGGCAAAGACAUUUAUUGAAUGA